CUCACUCGUGGUCGUCGUAAGCGGGAGGUAUACACGCGUUUGACAAGCUUCUUAUGUCAGAUAUAUGUCCUAGCUAGUAGAAGCCUUUUGGCAUAUAGACCUAUAGUCUUGGCCUAUUGAUCGAUGUAAGCGAGCGUUUGAUAAUCCUAUGAGUUGAUAAGCCAGGCGUUGUGUUCAGAUUGAUGAAGUGGACAUCUUUUUUGUUGCCUGCCUUUGAAAAGCCUUUAAAAGUAUCGAUUUAUGCUCGAUGAAGCGUUUUUUUUUAUCUUAGCACUUUUGCUGAUUGGUCAAAAUAUACUUUCCAGAAAGAAAUGAACCGUACGGUAUAUCAUGUGGUCGAAAUAUAUGAAAGUUUGGAAGUUAUAUUUUGCCAACAUAAUGACACAUAUCGGUUAAUAAGUGAGCGACUAAAUAAUUAAAUUGAACAGUGCGUAUCGGCAUAGAAAGAGAACAACGAGUCUGGAUGGCAUAGGACUCUUUUAUACGUGGAUAUUAUAUUAUAUAUUGUUUUGACUUUAACAAUUCAUAACGAUGGGGUUUACAUCUGGUAUUAAGGAUUACGCGAUGAAAGGUGGACACCCACAAUUUUGGAAUUUCUUUAACACGAAGAAGGAUUCCCUCCCUCCUCGGAUGCCGCAGGAUUGUUGUUACGAGGACUUAUUAACCAAAACAAGUUGGUGCAAUGCAGAAUAUGCGUACAGAGAGAUAGAUAGGGGGAGAGCAGAGGGAAAUAAACUGGCCUUAUGGUGGAGAGCAAAAAUCCAGUCCAUGUUAUUUUGUAUCGGAUGUUACUUGCAUCUUCACAGUGGCAAAGUGUUAUUUCUUGGAGCUCUCUUUUUAGUUGUUUGUGGAAUUGGGAUGAAAUUAGCUAAAAUGGAAACAAAUGUAGAGAAAUUAUGGGUGGAAGAGGGUGGACGACUGGAAAGGGAACUGAAGUACACCUCAGAUACCUUGCAGGGAGGGGAAAGAAGUGCAAGUCAAGUUAUAAUUCAAUCUCCAAAAUACAAAGAAACAAAUAUUUUAACGCAAGAAAAUAUUCAGUUACAUCUAAAUGCAUCUUUAUUAGCAACGCAAGUUACUGUGGAUAUGUUUGACAUACCAUGGACGUUGAAGGAUGUCUGUUUUGUUGAAAAAUUUCCAGCUUUUGAAACAAUUGUAGAUAUUAUUUUUGAACAACUAAUGCCUUGUACAAUCAUCACUCCCUUGGAUUGUUUCUGGGAGGGUUCAAAAAUACUAGGGCCUGAUGAACCAGUUUUUAUUCAGGGUAUGACACCAGAACCUUUGGUGUGGUCCAACACAGAUCCUUAUAAACUCGUUAAUCAGUCUUCUGUAUCCGGUUACUUUCCAGAAAACAUUAAAAACAUGAUAGAUGCUUCUGGGAUAGGGCAUGGGUAUCAGGAUAGACCGUGUCUCAACCCUUACGACCCAGACUGCCCCUCGAAAGCACCAAACAAGAUCUCUAAGGAGAUCCCUGAUUUUACAACAUUGAUGACUGGUGGAUGCAGUGGCUAUGCAAAAUCAUACAUGAAAUGGCCAGAGGAAUUAAUAAUGGGUGGAAUCAAGAAAAAUGCCAGUGGUCAUAUUCAAAGUGCCGAGGCCCUUGAAACCAUCUUUCUAUUGAAUAGUAAGAAAAACAUGUAUGACAACUUGAUAAACCAUCCACGAGUUAGCCACAUCAAAUGGACGGAGGAGAAAGCAGAAGCCGUAUUGGAUGCCUGGCAAAAGGAGUUUACCAAGGCUGUUCGCAAGAGUGCAGCCGAGCAUCCUACACAAGAUGUAAAUGCUUUCUCAGAAGCUUCCAUGAACGAGGUGCUGACAGAGUUCUCUGAGACUAGCCUACCUAACGUCGUUGGUGGCUACAUGUUGAUGGUUCUUUAUGCAUUUCUAACUAUGGUCAAACUGUGUGAUGGUGUAAAGUCCCAAGGUGCAGUUGGCCUGUUUGGAGUGUUACUGAUUAGUGGUACUGUGGUUGCAAGUCUUGGAUUUUGUGCUUUUAUCGGCAUUAAGUUCAAUGCAUCUACAACUCAGGUACUUCCAUUUUUAGCACUGGGUCUUGGUGUUGACGACAUGUUCCUGCUAGCUCACUCUUCAGCAUCAUUACCAAAAGAAAUUCCCACAUUGAUCAAGACAGGGGAACUUCUGAAAAGGACCGGAGUUUGUGUUUUUAUGACAUCCCUCACCAAUAUGAGCGCAUUUCUCCUUGCAGCUAUAAUUCCAAUUCCAGCUCUUAGAUCUCUUUGUUUUCAAUUUGCAAUCAUUGUCAUUUUCAACUUUUUAUCUGUAAUCCUCAUCUUCCCUGCAAUAUUAGCACUAGAUUUAGAAAGAAGAGAUUCAAAACGGGUAGAUAUUUUCUGCUGUUUCAAAAGUUCAAGUGCAAAUAGGGUGGUAACGAUACAACCCUCCCCAAUAUCAGAUAGCCCAGAUCUGAAUAGUAAUCGGCGUCAUCAAAAUCCGAUGGAAACACACAUCACGCUCCACUCAACUGUAGAAACUGUAACCCAUUUAAGGGAUGAUAUGUCAGACCAGUGUGUCACUGUGGUUGAACCUUCUACAACCAUGACGUGCACGACGACGCCAGAUGUACGUGAUUGCGCAAAUAUGCAAACUGGCGUGCGGUCGUCCUCUACGAGAACCUUAUUGAGACAGGACUCUGUAAAUCAGCAUGUUACUUGUUGGAGAGAUAACCGCAAGAAAUUUAAAUGCUGGAAGUGGUCAUUGUCAGGAUUCGUCAAGAAUUACUACGCACCGUUUCUAAUGAACAAAUUUGUAAAAGGCGUUGUAUUAUUAACUUUUGCUGGAUUUCUCAGUGCAAGUGUUUUUGGAAUUCUGCGAGUAGAAGAUGGUCUAGAUUUAACAGACGUCGUUCCAAGUGGAACAAGAGAGCAGGAUUUUCUCCAAGCGCGAUUGAAAUAUUUUAGUUUCUAUAAUAUGUAUGCAGUAACCAUGGAGGAUUUUGAUUAUCCAAACAAUCAAAAGUUACUCUCAGAGUAUCAUAAAGAAUUUCAGAAUAUUCCGGAAAUUAUUAAAAAUGCAGAUGGAUCAUUGCCAAAAUUCUGGUUGGAUUAUUUCAGAGAGUGGUUACUAGAUAUUCAAGCAGCUUUUGAUAUUGAAAAAGCAAAUGGAAACUUGUUGCCUGAUAAAUGCCUUCAUGCAGCUUCUGAUAAAGGUAUGAUUGGCUACAACCUGAUUAUUCAGACAGGAGAAGUCACAAGACCCAUCAAUACAGAUCUGUUUUAUACUGGAAGGUUGGUGGACAGCGAAGGGAUAAUUAACCCGAAAGGCUUCUAUAAUUAUCUGACUGCGUGGAUAAACAUAGACUCAAUGUCAUUUGAGGUUUCGCAGGGAGCUCUUCAUCCUUCUGUCCAAUCCAUUGCACCAAAUACACUGGAAAAAAUGUGUAGGGCUAAUGUUGCCCGUGCCAAACAGCUGAACUUCACUCAAAUGCCAUUCUAUGUUCACAAUAUUUACACAACGGAGGAUUUUGUUCGUUUGAUCAAGGAUAUGCGAAACAUUUCCGACCAUUUCACAGCAAUGGGCUUACCGAACUAUCCCAGUGGCAUACCGUUCACAUUCUGGGAGCAGUACAUCAAACUUCGCUACUACCUAAUGUUGUCGCUCGUCUGCGUCUUUGCGGCAAUAUUUGUAGUCAUCAGUAUGCUUCUCUUCAACCUGUGGGCUGCUUUUCUUUUGGUUUUGGUUCUCGUAAUGAUAACUGUAGAACUGUUUGGUGUUAUGGGUUUUAUCGGAGUGAAAAUGAGUGCAAUCCCUGCCGUCACACUUAUUAUAUCUGUUGGAAUCGGCGUUGAAUUCACCGUUCACACACUCUAUGCUUUUUUAACGUCGAUUGGUGAUCGUGAUCGACGUAUUUCUAUGGCAUUAGUGAGCACGUUCACUCCGGUUGUAGAUGGCGGUAUUUCGACUUUCCUCGGUGUUGCUCUUCUUGCUCGUUCAGACUUUGAAAUUGUUGUAAUGUAUUUCUUUGAAGUUUUGGCCGCUUUAGUAGUGAUUGGACUUCUAAAUGGUUUGGUUCUGUUCCCUGUGUUACUAUCAAUAAUUGGACCAGAAGCUGAGGUUCGACCACUACACCAAGCAACAAGGCUAAGCACGCCAUCUCCUCCGCCUUCACCGGUGCAGGAACACAGUUAUAUAACAAGGCAAUAUGAUAGGAGUUACGAUAGAAGGCGUGACUUCACGCGUAUGUCUGUGUCUGGAAUGCGAGAUAAUAGACGACGACAAAUGCGAGAGGAACACAUUGAAAUUUUACCACCGGAAGUAGUAGUGGAGAGAAGUUUGCCAAAAGAUUAUAAAACAAGACGAUCAACUAGGCGUCAUUCUCACAGACGAUCGCAGCGACCACACAGAGAUUCACGCUCCUUCAACCCAGCUAUGCAUUCGGCACCUCGGCAUGAAACUACUGUAACUACGACUGCCCGUGUUCGAAUCAUUCACGGUUGUGUCAGUGACAUUGAAAAUCAGAACUUUUAUCGCACGGGAAAGGAAGACGAUAUGAAGAUAGAGGAGUUGGAAUAUCCUGCUGAUGACGGUGUUGAUUCAACAUUGUAAAAUAUGUUGCAGUAUGCUUAUGAUUGUGUGUGACUUGAUUUGCUGCCAAAAUAGAUGAGAAAAGAAAUCUGAACUCAAAUUUAGCAUCUUAAAUUUUACAGUUAUGAUGCUAAUAAUAAAUACUUUUGGGAUUUGUAAAAUAUGUACAGCGUAUAUAAAUAUAUAUUUAUUUAUGAUAUUAAAAUUAACAUAUAAAGAUAAUAAUUUCUUAUAAUUAAUUUGACCUGAUCCCCACACUUAAAAUUAAGUUUGAUUUGUAUAAACUGUUUAUAAAUAUGUUGUUUUGUACAUUAGUAGAUUUUACUCGCGGUUUAUAAAAUGUUUUGCUGGGGGCGGAUAGAAUAUUUGAUUUGGUGUUUGCAUAAAAAAGUUUAAGGGUAUAAUAAGAUCUGAAAACCUUAAUUGAAAGCACCUAAUCGCAAGGCACUAUACAGGAGUGGAUCAAGGGGUGGGGAAACAAGAGCUAAGGCCCAAAAAAGGGGAAGAGAAGAAUAGAAAGAGAGGAAGCACCUCCCCCUACCCCUUGGUCCAUAAUUCGCAUGACCCAUGGCUCCUUUGAAAGUUUUUCUCUAGAUCUGCCACUAUUAUGCUAAUAUUAUGUCAAGCUGUUAUUAUUAUGCCAAAUAUUGUUACAUUAUUAUGCAGUUAUAUUCAGCACCAAAUCAAGUAUUCUGGAUAUAAAAAACAUGUUUCAAAUUAAAAUAUUGUACAGAGAAUAUCAGUACAACUUGUAAAUAUUUUAUAGUGAUAAAAUCUAUUUGGAGAAAUUCAAAUAGAUGACGUAGAUCAAUUUGUGUUGAUCAUCUUUAAAACAGUUAGAUUAAAAACAAGGUUUAGUAAGUUCCAAGACUUGAAAUAAAUAGAAAGGACUGAUUUUGUAAACUCGCAAGAUUUUUUUACCAGUAAAAUGUGUUCAUUUUCUUCCGGGAAUGGUGUACAAAAUGUGAUUAUUUUUGUAAAAGACGCACGACAGAAUAGGUGAGGAUAGCGAUAGUGUGUGAUCUAAACAUAGAUAGUUUUGUCCGCAUACAGUGACAAAUCGGGUUGGUUAUUCACAUCUACAAGCAUCUAUUUAAGAUGCGAUCUUUUUUGAACUAUUAAUGAUUGCCUCAGGGAAGUACCAAAAUUGAUUAGGUUUUCCGAAAUACAAUUGUGUUUUUUUAUUAACACAUGUUUUCUAUUUUAAGUGGGGGGUGGGGGGAUACUUAAUUUAGAAAAUAUUACCAUGUUGGUUCAUUUAAGCAAUUGUAAUUUUUAUCUAAUUGAAGAGAGUGAUUGGAAAAAAAUUGUGAUUGUUUUUGUAGAAUUUUAGCCCUACCUCCCUAUAAAUACAUUGAAAUUUGAAACAUUUUUAUGGAUAAUAUGUCAUUUUAACAUCUUAAACAUUUUUCAAAUAUCUGUAUAAAAUAGAAUACCAGUACAGUAUUAGGAUUAAACUCAUAUUUUUGUAAUCGAAUGGAAACAUCAGUUAUCAAACGCUUUUGAUGUUUUAUGUUUGAGAUAUUUUGAAUGUACAUCCAUCCUCAGUGGUAGGUUCAAGACAUUUUGCAAGGGGAAGGAGGGAAGGGAGUGGUUGGUCCCUUAUGUCAUGUGGGGUCCAGAGGGCAUAGCCUCCUGGAAACUCCAAAGUUUUAGCAAAAUUUUAAUUAAUGAUUCUCGCAUUUUUCGGCUGCUAAUGGGGAGUGAGAGGAAGAAGGUUAACCUUUCACCACCCCUGGACCUAACACUGAUACACCAUUAUACCCUUAUCUGAUGCAUGUAUAUUUGUAGACUUAUAUGUUUGUAAUCCCAUUGUGUUUUUUUCUAAUGUGUGUGAAGUUUUGUUAUGGUAGAGUCGGGGGAAGCAGUGCCUUUUUAUAGUAUACAAAUUCUAUAAAUUUGGGCAGCUCCAUAUAGUGUAGAGUGUAAAGAAAUGUAAAUAUGUUUUCCCUCCUUAUUUAUAUAUUUUCCUUGAAAUUGUUUGUCAAGUUAUUUUUGAGUGCAAUAUGAUGUGAGAUCAGCCGAUGGCCAAUGUGUUGUUGUUUAGCUUAUGCUUAAGGUUUUCAGUAACCAUGGAGAUAUAAAUAUCCUUGGUUUUUAAUCACAUGACAUGAGAUCACACCUUGCACUCUGAUUUAUAAAUUGUCAAUUUUUUGUGUUUUUCAUUAAAUUUAUUUCACAUUUAUCAAGUUCAAAUUAUUUUUUAACUUUUGCAAAUGAUUCUUAAAAUCUCACUAAUGGAUUUUUUACUGUAAAAUUAUAUAUUAAAUAAUUAUAAUAAUGAAAACUGACAUCAAAAUAUAAUAAUGUACUUAUAUAGCUUGCUUACCCAUUUGGGUAUCACAGCGUUAACAUUUUGAAAUAACCCAUUUUACUUAAUAAUUUGUUUAUGAAUAUGGCUGUUAUGGAUACCUUAAAUUUAAGUUACAUAUGUUAUUUAAAAAAAUACUGUAUUACCAUUAAUGUCUUACCAAAUUAAAAGCACAUAUACGGUAUUAAGUAAGUAAUGGUAAAUAUUUUGUGAUUAGUUGCUUGCUAAGAAAAUGUUUUAAGAUUUACUACAUUCUAAAUGAUUUUACUACCUGUUGGUUCAUCGGUUUUUCCUACUUUUUGUUUUUCCCUUUCUUAUUUUUCUACUCUUCUUGCUUUGCUUGCUUGCCUUUUUGCGGGAUUCUUUUCUCUUGCGCAAACUGGAGUAAUCAGGCGACUUUUUACCAAUACAGUAUUAGUACACAGGAUUGGUUAAAAUGACUGUUAUGUCAGCCAAUCCCAAAGUACACUAGUAGAUAAGUUAUAAUUUCUGUCAAACCUUGAUUAAUUGAUGGACAACCACGUCUGUUUUGUUUGUAUAACUGUAUAACAUGUUGUCAAGAUUAUAAUGACAUCAUUCUCUUUAUAUUUAAAUGAUCUGACUAUGUGUACAAAAUAAUAUUUCCAGAAGUUUGCUCAUAACUGCCAAAUACCCUAAAAACGUGUCAGUUACAUUACAUGGGUGAAUGUUUUUAUACAACAGGUAACAGAAUUAAGACUAGUUAUCAGGUAGAAUGGUGUAUAUGAUAUAUAUAAAGUAAAAAUACAAAAACUGUAAAUUAUAAUUAUUGAUGUUUGUUAAUCAGAAUUGUUGGUGAAUAAAACAGUGAAAACACGAAAUACGA